ACACCCAUUCACAUAUGCACCUCACUGAAAAACCAACCGAAGAAUUUUAAGGAUUUUAUAUCAAGAUGGCUACCAAAAUCAAUGAUGAUGCUUUGAGAGAGAUGUUGUCAGAUAUUUCAAAAUGGUAUGAUCAACGUGAAAAAAUAAAUAUGCUGAAAGUAUUGUACAGAUAUCUUUUGAAAGAUAAUUAUAUGUUGAAUAAGGCUACAAGAGUGAUGGAAUUAAUGGAUAUGCUAACUGCUUCUGGACAUAUUAAUCUCAAUGUUCUCUAUGAUACCAUAAACAUAACAGAGCAAAGAGGGAUCAAAGAUAUACUGCCAGUAUUUCAAAAUGCUGAAGAUGUAGAAAUCUCGAAAUUCACACAUCACAGACAAAAAAUUAUGAAGCUUGGAAUGGUGCUGAUUGAUGAAGAUGUAAAUAAGAUCAGUGCAAUAUAUAACAAUCCAGUAAAGGAAUAUGCAGACACAUGGAGUUUGAUUAUGGAUCUGGAGCACAACAUGGUAAUUUGUGAAGGAAAAAUGAAAGCCUUCAUUGACAAAUUGGGUACCCUUAACCUCCAACAUGCUGUGAAAGCUUUAAAACAAGAAAUCCCAAAUGCAUCUUCGAACUCUGGACAUAGCCUUAGUGAAGAAAUUGCUGUGAAAGUAAUUCAGAAACGCAAAGGAGAAUCCUGUGAUUCUGAAGGACGACCAUAUAAAAAGUAUGCUCUUAAUUUGUUAAAUGAACUGGAUGAAAAUAAAGACUCCCUAACUUUAAAGGAUAUGCCAGAAUUUUUUGAAAAGUUUGAGAACCUUAUUAUCUAUUACAAACGUUGUGGUCUAACAUUAACCAAGGUUGGGAAAGGAUCAAUAGUAUUUUACCUAUCAACAAAUGAUCCUAAUGCUUUGAUGCAGCUAUGGGAAAUACAUUCUAGUGGAAAGCUCAUCAAAGAUUUAGCUAACAUAUUAGUCCCAGUGGAACAUCAGCAAGAGUUCAUAGAUGAAUGGAUGACGUACAUCGAUGAAAAUGAAUACAAAGCGGUGCUCAGUAAGCUGACAGGAAAAGGAUUUUAUUCCCAGAUGGCUACCAGCAAGUUGAAUCAGUUUCUGGAAAAUGUUGAUGAAAAGGUGUUAGAGUGUACCAUCUGCUUUAACAAACUUAAGAAUCCGAAAUCCCUCACCUGCCUACAUAGCUUUUGUUUGGCAUGUCUAGAAGACUGGGUUAAGGUGAAUGGUGAACUGACUUGUCCAACAUGCUCAAAAUCAUGUCCCAUUCCAAAGGGCGGGCUUCAGAAGCUUCCACCAAAUACCAUUCUAAAUAAUUUAUUAGAAACUAUGGAACAAAUUUCAGAAAAAGAUCAGAUGAAAUGUGUUUGUGGAAAGGAAGGACAGGUAAAAUACUACUGCCAGGAUUGCAAACAGUACUUGUGCUCUACUUGUAGUGAUCAUCAUACAAAUUAUACACUCUUUGCAAAUCACAAGUUACAUUUAAUCGAGGAAGUGCAAUCAAUGAGCCCCACUCAGAUAACUUUGUUACAUCCACCUCUGUGUUCACAUCACAGUAAACCUUUGGAGUUCUACUGCACAGAUUGUAAUAUUCCAAUCUGUGUGAACUGUAUUAUGGACCACAAGGAAUGGGAAGGAAAACACAAACCAAUCAACAUUUCAGACGCAUUCCAAACAUUUAAAGAAACUUCAGCCACCUUGGAAAAAUCUGCCCAACACUUCAUAAACAAAUUAGAACGCGGUCUCAAAGCUGUUAUCCACAAUGCUACAAAAUUACAACAAAAUAAAGACACAUGUUUAAUAGAUAUAGACAAUCAUGUAGAAGAAAUAUUCAAAAAAGAAGAUGAAAAUGGAGAUUAUUUUGUGACAGAAAAAUGCACAAGUCCAGGAGUUUGUAAACUAGAUGUGAGUGCUGAUGAUGAACCAAUUAACCAAUCACCAAUGACGAUCAAAGUAGAAGAGGGAAGAUUAGUAAAUACUAUUAAAAUAAAUGCAACAUAUAUUAUAGAUGUAGUUAAGUGUGAAGAUGACUCCUUACUGGUUUCAUGUCUGACAAAUGAAAUGCUCAAGUACAAGCAAUCAGGAGAAUAUAUUGGUAAGGUUACACUACCACAAGGUGUGCAAGUUCUCAGAAUGUACAAAAUGAAGAAUGGUUGGUCCAAUAGCUGUGUGUACAUGUUUGACAUGAAUAAUGGCAAGACCAUCAAAACAAUAGGGUCAUAUGGUACAAAAGAAGGUCAAAUGAGUUUUGUCAGUGAUGUUACUCUUACUAACCAAGGACACCUUCUUGUAUUGGAGAGUGAAUAUUUAGGUAUUGGAACAAGUAGAUUACAGUUAUUUAAUAAUGAGGGAAGGUUUAUAAAAGUCCUUGUUGAAGCAGGUGAUGAGGAUGGUAAGGUAAAUUUUCCAAGUACAGUAGUAGUUGAUGAGGAUGACAACAUUAUUAUAUCAAGUCAACACAAACUACAGCUAUUCAGUAGUGAUGGAACUUUCAUAAAAAGAAUUGAUAAACCAGAAGAUGGAAUCAACAAUCCAGAAGGAUUAUCCAUCAUUUCAUAUCAUCCAAGGAGACUUGCAGUAGCAAAUCGUGGUGACAAAACA